AUGGCACCGUCACAGCAUGAGAUAUGGAGGCUUUACACCGUUGCAGUUGCCCGCGUCAAAGGAGCUAAGCCCCACCCGGACGCCAGCUGCAAUGCAUGUGGCGAGGUGCUGAAGAAUGCGCAGCCUUCGCGUAACAUGCUCACACACGUGUUGAAGUGUGACAAGGUCGACGCUGAGUCCAAACAGCGGUGGCUUCGGUAUGACUCACAGCGUCGUCACGAAAAAGCAUCUAAGCUGCUGACCCCAGCAAGACGCUCAGCUAAAACUCCGUCGUCUAUUAGUAAGCGCUUAUUCCAUACACCCCAGAGUGGGUCUCCACGCACGGGCUCACGCAAGAGACCACGCAGUUCUUUAAACAAGUCGAUCAAGCAGAGUGAGGAGGAUAAUUUCUUACGGUGA